AUGGCCAAAUUCAACGCCUACUACGUUGCGACCAUCAUCGUCAUCGCCUGCGGCUCCAUCCCCAAAGGUUAUGACGAAGGCGGCUUCAGCGCCUCUGUCGGGCUCAACUCGUUCAAACGCGACUUCGGUCUCCUCCCCAGCCUCUGGAAUGGGGAUGCGACUGGUCUGGCCAAUCGCAAGGCCAACAUCUCAUCCUUCGGCGUUUUGGGGGCCGCUUUUGGGUCUCUCCUUGCCUUGACCAUCAAUGACCGUUUCGGCCGUCUGAGAAGCUGGCAGUUCUUCGUUCUCCUUUGGGCAAGCGGGAUCCUGAUGCAAGUCUUUUCUUCCGGCAUCAUCGGCCUGAUGCUCUUCGCCCGCAUAUGGGGCGGCCUCGGUGCUGGUGGCCUGACUGUCGUUGCUCCCCUGUACCUCUCGGAAAUCGCCCCGGCAAGAUCCCGAGGAAUGGUGGUCAGUAUUUACAUGGUCAUUUUGCUGACUAUCUUGACAAUCGGCUUUUUUGUCAACUACGCUGCCAAUGCCACUCUUCCUGCCACACGGAUGCAAUACCGCCUUGUGCAGGGUAUAGUUUUGGCCCCCGUGGGCAUCGCAUUCAUUAGUUCUCUCUUUUUACCAGAUACCCCCCGCUGGUUGGCCUCGAGGGGUCGAUUCGAAGAGGCACGCAAUUCGUUGGCCAGAUUGCGAGGAACGACGGUUGAAGAUGACUCGCUUCGCGCCGAAUUUGACCAAAUACACGAAGAACUCCGCGAAAAGCAGCGAAUUCUCGCAAGCUCGUCCAUGUGGACCAUCUUGAAAGAAAUAGUGACCACACGAACCUACCGUACGCGCUUCCUUCUUGGUGCGGCGAUGCAGACGGUCGCGCAGUGGUCUGGUGGCAACGGCAUCACGUACUAUAUCCCGGAAAUAUUUCGCUAUGCUGGAGUUGUUGGCGAGAACACUUCCCUCAUUACCAGCGGUGCGUACGGCGUGGUCAAGCUCGUGUUCACCAUGAUCUUCACUUGGGCUCUCGUCGAUGUCUUUGGCCGCCGCCGUUGCUUCUGCGCAGGUCUAUCUCUCCAAUGUAUAACCCACAUCUACAUGGCUGUGUACAUGGGCGUCUGGAUCGACAAGCACAAUAAGGCAGCUUCAGAUGCCGCGAUCGCAUCCGUCUUCAUCUACGCGGCCGGAUGGUCCAUCGGAUUAUGCACAGUGCAGUAUCUUUACGGCGCCGAGAUCUAUCCCACGCGUAUCCGCAACGUGUGCUUUGCCACCAACAUGGCAUUGCACUGGUUUUUCCAGUUCGCUAUCGUCAGAGUCACGCCGAACAUGUUCGUCAGCCUGCACAUCUGGGGGGCAUAUGUGUUCUGGGCGUGUGUCUGUGCCGUAGGCCUGGUCGUUCUCGGCCUGUGGGCUCCCGAGACCAAGGGGGUCCCGAUGGAGCGCAUGGAAGAGCUAUUUUCAGGUGCGUGGUACAUGGGCUGGCGCGCCGUUGUUGAUGAGGACAGGGAAGCUCGGCGCUCAGCGGAGGAUCAGCCAUCGGAGAAGGGGCAUGAUGUCUUAUCAAGAGCCCAAGGAGAUACGCCAGAGAAAUUUCGUGAUUGA